AUGAAUUUGAUGGAGAAGAAAAGGGAUUUAAAAUUGCAGGAAAUCAAGGAAAAUAACAGCACAAAAUUAGAAUUAAAGGAUAUAAUAUAUGAAAAUGAGUUAGAUUUUAGCGAAAAAAGAUCUUUUUUUUCAGAAAUUAUUGAUGGAAAUAAAAAAAAAGAUAAUUAUAAACAAUUAACAUCAAUAUUUGAGAAAGGGGUCUCUUUUAGAAAUAAACAUAAAAAGGAAAACAAAGAAGAUUAUGAUGAUUAUAAAAAUGUGGAAAAUUUAUCUUUUUUGAAUGUAGAAAAAAUACAUCCAUCUUUUUCUGGUAAUUUUGAAAACAAAUCUGAGACAUUUUUUCAAAAAUCAGCCUCAUAUUCCUCUUUUUUAUUAAAAGAUGAUACAAAUUCAUUUAAACAUUCCAGAACACAAUCUUUGAUGUCAUUAUCUUCAAUUAAUCCUGCUUGUUUCAAUUAUUCACUAGAUUCUUUGAUAUCAUCUAGUUUUGAAGAUUCUAAGGAUGGAGAAAGAUCCUUUAAUUUUGAAGAUGCUAUAUGUUGGAGUAAACUAAAAGAAAUUAAUUCUCAAAUUUUCACAGAAUUCUCAAAAGAAAAAUUCGGCUCACCUGUCUCUAUGUCCAUAUCAAAUAUUAUUGCAAUAGGAACUUCUAAAGGGCUCAUACUAGUAUUUGAUUAUCGUCAAGUCCUUAGACAUAUUAUUGGAAUGGGAACGAAAGCCAUGGAUUCUGGAUCGACAACAUCCAUAUCAAUAUCUGAUGAUUGCAUGUUUCUUUGUUCAGGUCAUUCUAAAGGAUAUAUUUUUGUCUGGGAGCUCAGGAUACCAACCAAUCCUGUGAUAACUAUAUCUCCUAUAGUUUCUGAUGCUUUUCAAAAUAUUCAUAACAAUGGUCACUUAGAUAAUUCAAAAAUAUGUCAUAUUGCAUUUGUAAACUCUUAUUAUUCUAUUGUAUCUUCAGAUAUUCAUGGAAUGACUUUUUAUCAUAUUCUGAAUAGGACUAUUAUUUCAAAUUCUCUACUUUCUAUUCGUCUUGCUGGGCAUUAUUUAACUUCUCCAUCUUUUAAGAAAUCAGAUAUUAUAUUAGCACUUACAUCGUUAUCAAUGAAAAAUUCUAAAAAGUCAUCAGAUUCAAUAAUUUUAAUAGCAAUACUUACAUCAUAUAAAUUAUCUAUUAUUUCUACAACUCCUGUUCUUAAAACUCAAUUCAUAAUGACAAAGCCUAAAUCGUUGAAAAUAAGCGAAUAUACAUUGGGAACAUUAAGCUGGUUUUCAUGCGAAAAAUUUAAGAAAAAUGAUAUUGAAAAUACUGAUAUAAACAAAAAUAAGAUCAGAUUGUUAUGUUCACGAGAAAAUCAUUUGUUUGUUAUUGAAAUAAGAAAGAAAGCUUCUGAACACGGCAAUUCUAAAGAUAUUUUACCCUUAUCAUUUAAGACAAUAUCUGAAUGGAAAGAAAGAGAGCCUGUUCUUGCAUCACAAUGGUUUAACAUGACAAUAUUAGUUAUUUUAUCAAAAUCUCAAGAAAUCUUUAUAAUAAAUGUAGAAACUAUGGAAUCUUUUUUCUCCUGUAAUAUUUCAUCGAAAGGUGUGUUAGUUAUGGAUCCAUUUAACGAUGAAUUAAUUCAAAAUAAAAUGACUAAUAAGUCUUCUGAGAGAAAUUUAAUGACUUCUACUAUGUUUUGUCAGAGUUUUUUUAUAUUUAAAAAGAAAUUUUUUUUACUGUGUAAGGAUAACGUUUUUAUAGGUAUUUUACCGAAUUGGGAACAUAAAUUGUCUUUAGUUAUUAGCUCAAAAGAGUUUAUAAAGGCUAUUUCUUUAAUGAAUUUAUACUAUAAAGGAAAUUGUGAGAAAAUAAUUCUUGGACUUCCAUUGGAUGAUGAUUUACGUCACGAAUUACUCCAGGAAAAACUAUUAAAAACAAUUGAUACUUCUUUAGAGAUUAUAUUAGAUGAAAAUUCUUCUAGUUUAAAAAAUAAUAUAAUUUCGAAUAGGCAAAUUAAAAAAAAAUUAGCAUUUGUAUGCAUCGAAGCAUGCAUAAAUAUGAAGAUAACUGAUUUCCUCUUUAAUGAUAUAUAUGAUAGAUUUAAGAAAACAAAAAACGAUGAAAUAUUUUUGGAGUCUUUAGAAACAUUUAUUUUGAUAAUGGGGCUUAAAAUCAUACAUCCUAAUGUUAUGAAAGAUAUGAUAGUAGGUUUAUUAAAGAAAAAGUUAUAUUUGCGUCUUAAAGACAUUAUAUUUAAAAUUGAUUUUAUUUCUCUUGAUAUUCAAGAGACUUUGAAAAUUUGUCACAAAGAAGAGUUAUAUGACAUCUUAAUAUAUAUUUGGACUCAGGCUUUUAAUGAUUUUAUAACGCCCAUUAUACAUUUUUUAGGUUUAAUUGUUUUUUUUUUAAAAAACAAAAAUAUUCAAAUAAAUCAAGAACAAAAAAAUAAUUCAUUUUCUGAGGAUAUAGAUAUUUUAGCUUCUCAGAUUAAUGAGCUUUUUUUAUAUUUGUCACAUUCAUUAUCUGGGCGAAUUUAUCCUAUCGGAUUGGAUAUGAACAAAAAUAUUUCAUUCCUUGCUAAAUCAUCUAUUUAUUGGUUUAUUUUUUCCGGAACAAAUAUUAUAUGGCCAAAAAACAAUGGGAUCUUAAUUAAAUUAAAUACAGAUGACUCUCAAGAACUUACAUUUCCUUACUUACGACUUAUUUUGAAUUAUAAUGCACAGGCUUUUUUAUCACUAUUGGAUGAUGUUUUUGGGGACAAUUUUUUAAAUGAAAUUGAUAAUAAUUCCAAGUCUUCAAGCUUUUCAGAAAUAAAAAUUACCAGACAACUAAUUAUUAAUAUUCUUUUAGAAAUAAUGCAGGAAGAGACAUAUUCUCAAAGUAUUAUUUAUCUUUAUAUUUUUAUCGCUAGUUCUAUUUCAAAGUAUCGACAAUUUAUACUUCUCUCAGGUUCUGUUCUUGAAAAAAUUCUUAUCGGACUUGCUAAAAAUUCUAAUCAAGACAUUUCAGAUCAAUGUCAAUUAUCAAUUAAUUAUAUUUUAUCAUUUUAUAGACCCAAUGACAUUGAUUAUUUAAUUAAUUUAUAUGAAAAAGUUGGAUUUUAUAAAGUAUUAAAAUUUAUUUAUAAACAGGAAAAAAUGUUUUUAAAAUUACUCAAAAUUCAUAUAGAAGAUAAAAGUGAGCCAAAUGAGUUAUUUCGAUGCAUUAAAGAACUUUUUCAGCUGCAAAAUCAAUCAAAAAACAAAAAGAUAUUAAAAAUUCAUAAAAUUAUCCUUGAAUAUAGUGAAGAAAUAUGUUCUAUAGAUGCUACUAGAUUUUCUCUAAUUGUAGAUAAGUAUUUACCGGAAUUGCAUACUAAAAUUCUUAAAAAGCUGAAGAUUCCAAUCAUACAGUAUAAUUAUUUAAAAUGCAUAUUAAAUUCUUCAGAACUUUUGAUUAAUAAGGAAAAUGUUUCUUCUGAAGAUGAUAUCAUUGCUUUAAAUGAUCAGAAUAAUAGUAAAAUAUGGAUAACUAAAGAUAUACUAGAACUAUUUAUUAAUUUUCUUUGCAGCUUUGAAAUUGAAAAAGUAACAGAUUAUAUAAAAAGUUUAAAUAUUAAUGAUAUAGAUGUUGAUAAUGUUUUAUUGAUACUAGAAAAUUAUAGGAUAAUUGAUGCUAUAGUUUAUUUAUUAUCUUUAGAAGGGAAAAAUAUUAUAGCAUUCGAAAAAAUUUUAGAAUAUAUUGCAGAAUCUAUGCUGGAAAUAGACAUGUCUUUAAAACUUGAAACAUAUGUAAAUGAUAUAAAUGCGUUGGAUUUUAAUCAUAUUAAAAAACAGCUUGGAAAUGUUGAAAAAAAUAUUAUUACUGGAAUAUAUCUUUGCGAACAAUAUUUCCUUGAAAUAAAUUCUAAAAAGAAUCAAAUUUUUCAGGAUUCUCUGAAUCCAUUUGAUUUAUCAUUAUUAAAUAGUAAAUUUCAAUGGAUUAAACUUUUAGAAGUUAUAAUUAAAAUAUCACAAAUUAUGUUAACGAAACUUUCUAAUCAGUUUUUAAAAAUGUCGUCAGAAAAUUUAUCAUAUAAUCUAACUGAAAAUAAGUCUUUAUUGAAAAUAUCUAAUAUUUCAGAAAAAAUUGGAACAUUUAUGCAAAAUUCAAUACAAAAUAUAUUUACCUCUUUAUAUAAUUUAACAUCAUUAUCGAAUUCUCACUCAAUUAUAUUUCUUCAUGUUUUAGAGCAAUUUUUUGAAAUUAUAACUUCUUUGUCUUUACCCAUACUGGAAUUUAAGGAAUUAUUGAUAAAUAUUUUUAAAAAUUAUAAAUAUGACGAAAGAUUACUUAUUAUUAUUAAUAGCAUUUUGCAUAAAGAUUUGUUUAAGCUUAUGAAAUAUGACAACCAAAUUAAAAAAAAGGGAAGUAAAGUUCAAUUUAAUAGUUGUGGAGUAUGUGAAAAAGACAUAUGGAAUCCUGAAGAUAUAAUUAGUUUUUUGCACUCAUUUGGAGAAAAAAAGCAACAAGAGGAAGUAUUGGAUGUAAAACAAGAACAUUCUUACUCUUUAAUUAAAAAAGGAGAUAAUUUUAUUCCAUCUUUUGAAGAAAAAAAAAUAAUAGGAAAAAAAAAGAUGCAUACAAAACAGAACUCUGCUGAUUUGUUGGAAUAUAAAGAUUUAUUUAUUGAAAAUGAAGUAUUUCCGAAAAUUAUUGUAUUCAUGUGUGGUCAUAAUUAUCAUGAAAAUUGUCUUUAUAAUAUUCAGAAAAGAAGGGAUUUUACUUGUAUUCUUUGCGGGACUGAUUGA